GAAGAAACUUCCGGUGCCUCAGUUCCUGUUUCGGCGCAAGUGCACAAGAAAUGGAAAGCUACGUAGCCAGAUAACUUUUGUGAUGUUUUUAUUUUUAUUGAGUUAACCCACUUGACUUCGAAGAUAUGAGAUCCAAAAUAAAAUAACAGAGCACGACUUUUAUUCCCAUUACAGCGGGGCUCGAUCAGGUAGAAGCGGCCACCACCGAAAUGGCCAACCUGAACUGGAAACCGUUCAUCUACGGAGGGAUGGCUUCGAUUGUCGCAGAAUUCGGUACGUUCCCCAUAGACCUGACUAAGACGCGGCUGCAGGUGCAGGGCCAGUCCCAGUACAUGGAGGUGCGCUACCGGGGCAUGUUCCACGCCCUGUUUAAGAUCGGCAAGGAGGAGGGCAUCAAGGCACUGUACUCUGGGAUCUCCCCAGCUCUCCUGAGGCAAGCCUCCUACGGGACCAUCAAGAUCGGGACCUACAACACACUCAAGAGGUUAUUUGUGACCCAUCCGGAAGAUGAGACUAUGGUGAUCAAUGUGUUCUGUGGAGUGGUGUCUGGAGUCCUGUCCUCCUCUCUGGCCAACCCCACUGAUGUUGUCAAGAUCCGCAUGCAGGCCCAGGGCAGUCUUUUACAAGGCAGCAUGAUGUCCAACUUCAUAAACAUCUACCAGACAGAGGGAACCCGUGGCCUGUGGAGGGGCGUCAUCCCUACAGCUCAGCGGGCAGCCAUCGUAGUGGGAGUGGAGCUUCCUGUCUAUGACAUCACUAAGAAGCACCUCAUCAAGUCUGGCACUAUGGGAGACACCAUACUCACACACUUUAUUUCCAGUUUUACGUGUGGCCUGGCGGGGGCUCUAGCCUCCAACCCAGUGGAUGUGGUGCGGACGCGUAUGAUGAACCAGCGAGUGCUGUCUGGGAACCCCAUGUAUAAAGGCACGCUGGACGGAUUGAUGCAGACUUGGAAGAACGAAGGAUUCUUUGCCCUCUACAAGGGCUUCUGGCCCAACUGGCUGCGUCUGGGGCCAUGGAACAUCAUUUUCUUCAUCACGUUUGAGCAGCUGAAGAAACUCCCCUUAUAGUUGAACAGGGAGUGGACACUCCGUCGGACCAGAGUGUAUCAGAGCGCGGGAAACACCCCAGCCUUUGUCUUCAUUUCAUUCACAAUCCCUCCCUCGUCACACAAUCUGUAUGUGCAUGCUCAUCUAAGUUAAAUAUAAUAAUAUUUAUUAUUUUUUUAUACAACUUUUAAUGUUAUUUUUAUUUAUUUAAUUUUUUUAAACACUUCCUCAUACUCAUCAACCAUCCUUGAUGCCACUCCUGGCAGCUAAAGCUUAGGAUUGUAGCUGAGGACGGAAGCCUGUUUGGACCAUAAGGUAUUAGCUAGGUACGCUGACUGCCAGCUUGUUACCAUUUUAAAGUGAGCUUGUGGAAAAGGAGGAGUACUAUCCUAGGCGGAACGGUAACUGGAGAUCUACUUGAGCUUUUUUAGGGAUGUGGAAUAGGCCUCUGAUUGUGUCAGACUAGUUUUUUAAACACAUCUCUAUACUGCAUGGGAUGUGCAAGAAAAGACUAUGGCUGUUAAAUGUAUAGGAUUGGAGUUUUGCCUGUCUGAUCUGACAUUUAAAUAAUGUCUUCAAUGUUUUGGGCAGGGCUAGCUAGAAGAGGAUGCGAUGCAUGGCAUGUUAACCGGGUUGUUAUUGUCAGACUAUUUAUUCUCAAUGACUUACCUGGGUAAGUAAAGGUCACAGUAGGUGCUGUUUAGUCUGUUAGAGGAACUCAGGACAACGGUGACCCACAUGAAAAAAUACUAUACUAUGGUUAAAAUACAUGGUAGUGUUUUUGCUGCCUUUACUGUAGUUUUGCUGACAUUACUGUAAUAUUUAGUGCAGUGUUUUUGUGGUCUAUAGUAUAGUGUAGUAUUUACUAUAGUAUUUUACAUUAUACUAAAAUAUUCUAUAUUAAGUAUUACAAAUGAUUAAGGUACACUGCAGUGUAGUAUCGUAUACUAUAGUGUACUACAUAAUUCUAUAGUAAGUACUGCAGUAUUCCAUAGUAAACUAGUAUUUUUUUAUGUGGGGAGACUAUAUGUAUGUUUAGUAAGAUGCGAUGGGAAUUUAGUCCAAUGUUGAAACAAAGCCACUAUUGGGUAAUGGGAGAGUGACUUUGCUUUCUGUACAUUUCACCACAACCCUUUUGUGUGAAGUAGAGGUGUCUGCUGUUGUCUGGAACACUAAGCAUGCACAGGAAUGGAAACACUUUCUGGGACCUGCUUGGUUGUCAUGGUGAUUCCCAUGAAAGUAUACUGAACAAAAAUAUUAACACAACAUGCAACAAUUUCAAGGAUUUUGCUGAGGUACAGUUCAUAUACAGUUGAAGUUGGAAGUAAAUACACUCAGGUUGGAUACACUCCACAAAUU